GGCCCAGUGAGUAAGUGGGUGCGAGUUGUGACAGACUUCGACAACUCCUGUAGUAGCGACUGCAGACUAAUCUGAAGACAUGCGGGUAGCAGUGAUUGGAGCUGGAGUCAUUGGUCUGUCAACAGCUCAGAGCAUCUAUGAGCAGUAUCACUCAAUUGUCCGUCCACUGACCAUUGAGGUGUAUGCAGACCGCUUCACUCCGCUGACCACAAGUGAUGGAGCUGCUGGCUUCUGGCAGCCCUACCUGUAUGAUAAGGGCAACGUCCAGGAGACAAAAUGGAAUAAAGAGACAUUUGACUACUUGCUGAACCACCUCAGUUCACCAGAGUCUGUAAAUAUGGGUAUAUUCCUUCAGUCUGGCUACAACCUCUGCACUGAACCAGUCCCAGAUCCCUCAUUUAAAGACAUUGUCCUGGGCUUCAGACAGCUCACAGAACGAGAGCUGCAGAUGUUUCCUGGAUACAAUUAUGGGUGGUUCAAUACUGCUCUCAUGGUGGAAGGUAAAACAUACUUACCUUGGCUGAUGGACUGGUUGCAAAAAAGGGGGGUGAAAUUUUACCACAGGAAAAUAGAGUCCUUCAAGGAGCUGGCAGAAACUGGGGCAGACGUGAUCAUAAACUGUACUGGGAUGAGAUCAGGAGAGCUCCAGCCGGAUCCAGACCUGAAACCAGGUCGCGGCCAGAUAGUGAAGGUGGAUGCUCCAUGGUUGAAGCAUUGGAUUCUUACCCACAACUUUACAACAGGAGUCUACAAUUCACCAUACAUCAUUCCAGGGAGUCGUCUUGUGACAGUCGGUGGAGUUUUCCAGAUAGGAAACUGGAGUGAACAGAACAACUCCACUGACCAUAAGAAAAUCUGGGAAGACGCCUGCCAGGUCGAGCCCAGUCUCAAGCAUGCCAGGAUAGUGGAGGACUGGUCCGGCCUCAGACCUGUUCGGAGUAAAGUCCGACUGGAGAGGGAGACCAUACAUUCCGGUGCAACUACAAUAGAGGUGAUACAUAACUACGGCCAUGGAGGUUUCGGGCUCACCAUUCACAGAGGCUGCGCCCAGGAGGCAGCGAGGCUCUUCGGUCAGAUCGUAGAACAAAAAGGCAACGGUCCAAGAGCUCGCUUGUAAAUUUGUGUCCUGGAGUAAUGAAUGGUGCUUUCCUUUCUCAAAUUUCCACAUCAGUGCCUUGUAUCCAGCGAUGCACAAACUGCUUUUGUCUACACCAUCAUUUACCUUUGGGUUCAAGCAAGCUAAUGUAUAUGUAACAUGAAAGGGGGACAUUGUUGACAACUGUUGUUGUCUCUGUUCAUUAUUAAUUAAGGUAAGGCUUAAAUCCGAAGGAGGUUUGGGUGAUAUAAAAAAGGACAUAAUGUGUACAUAUCUUUGAAAAUGAAAAAGUAGACAAAUCUACUGAUAGUGAUUAUUAGAUUUUUUCUUUAGUAAUAAAUAACAACAUGAAUCCACUGGUCUUUUUGAAACAUUAUUUACUAUAGUAUCAUACACAUUUACAUCCAGUGCAUUUACAAGAAUCUGUGCACACAGACACUUAAUGUAGCACUAUCUCUCAAACACUGGCAGCUAAGAGUCAGCUUGCUGGACCUGUGCUAGUUGAUCUGAUUUUUUUUUUUUUUUUAAACAAAACUUUGCUCAGUUUGUCACUCGUAGUCUGUCUCCACAUCACCUUUGUUACAAACAAAAGCAAAGACAACAACUAAACCAGGUAUCGAUACAUUAUUUACAGAAAGACAGAAAGUAACAUCCUGCUAAAUGGUUGUAUAUGCAUGUGUAGGUCCACGUGUGCACAGUCUCAGAGUAGAGUAAGAGACGCAGCACGGUUUAUAAAUCAUAAUACCAUACAACACCAUAGACUCAUAUACUCAUGUCAUUUUUUUAAAUCAUGUAAUUUUUUUGCUAACUAGGGCUGAGUCAGCUUUGAAUGAUGAAAAUAUUCAGAUUUAAAUUCCCUACUUCAAUGUUAACUUACACAAUGUUGUCUUCAAAUGCAGUCCAGAAUCUGUGGACUUGUUCUAUUUGUGUCAUAAUUAUGAAAUAUUGCAGAGUGUACGAUGUCAUUAUGCUCUGAUGAAGACUUUGGCAGAUUUGUCAGCUUGUUGUAAAUAAACAGCGACAUAAUGAUCCAGACACGAGGCGGUAUUUUUGUUAUUAUUAGAGUAAUAACUCCCUAUUCCUCAUUUCUUUAGCAGAAAACAAAUAUCAUCCAUGGUAAAAUGUAAAAUAAUACUGACACAAGAAAAAAGAACAUAGUUAUCACUGACUUUAAGAAAGUUGGUGACUGUACAGUAUGUCUUUUCACUGCCUAGACCCAAGUGAAUCUCAAAUGAAGCAACUCCAAGCUUUAUUUAAUCGAAUGGUCUGUUGAUUUGAUGAUGUGGAGCUGUUCCAGCCAUGUACUUUUUGUAAAGCUGAGUUUGUAAUUAGUGUAUUUUUUACAGGCAAUUUGUGUUCACAAGAUAAUGAUCUUUCUUAUCUAUGUAUGCUAAUGGAAGCAGCUUUUUCAUUGGGUUGAGAGGAGGUCUCUCAACCACAAACUGAAUAGGUAGUUUUAAGGCUCUUUGAAAAGAAGAUAGUGGUUUGAAGCUAACACUUAACACCUUCACCCUCUCUAUUCCCCUUAGCUUCUCUUGCAUUAGAAAAGCAGGAUUCAAAUACUUUGUUUUAAGUAUUUGAAUUCUCACUUGUUCAAGAAGGUUUCACAUUGUGUCCACCAUUUGCUCUUGCACUCGUGCAGGUCAUUUGGUCUUUCCCAUCACCCUGUGUGCAGUUAUACAGUGGCAAAAUUGUGACAGCAAUGGUGGUUGAAGACUAUAAAUACAGUGACAUGUCAAAACAUUGUGCUGCCUGGCUCUCUGAAGCCACUGUGGUUGCCUAAACUGAAGAGUCAUAGAGUGGGACUGGAGAUGGACACGGAAAGCUGGUUUGGCUUUCUCGCUUCUCAUUGCCUCCUUUCUCCACUGCGG